UCAUACUGUGCGGGUGCUGGCGUGUUUAUAGUUAUUGCGAGGCGAACGUUGCUUUAAUUUUUUUAUAACUUAUAAUAAUGGAGGUGGAGUUUAGCAAGGAAAACUUUCUACUGCCGGAGGUGAAGUACGAGUACUUGGAUCAUACAGCGGACGUGCAAAUCCAUGGAUGGGGAACGAGUCUGAAAGAAGCGUUUGAACAGUGCGGAGUGGCCAUGUUUGGAUACAUGACCGAACUUGAUUAUGUGUCCGUAGAACACUGUUUCGAAAUCGAAGCGCAGGGCGACGAUCUGGAGGGAUUACUCUUCCAUUUUCUUGACGAGCUUUUGUUCCUCUUCUCCGCCGAACCAUAUCUGGUAUGCAAAAAGCUGAAGAUUACCAAGUUCGAUUUAGAAACCUUCGAGAUCUCCUGCCGUUGUUACGGGGAACCCUUCGAGUUGGGAAAACAUCCACAAGGCACCGAGGUGAAGGCAAUCACAUACUCGGCCAUGCAAAUCGUUCAGGACACAGAUGCUUGCAACUACGAGGUGUUUGUCAUAAUUGACAUUUGAUUCAGCUCCGAUCGGAAUCAAAAGUGAAUUUUCUGUUAUAACCCCCUUGUCUGACUCAAUUAAUCAAAAGCGAAAUGCCAAAAAAGAAACCAAUAAUAAAACCACUGCAUAAGCUACGAAAAAUUUGCUGCGACUGCAUCCCUUGUCGAUAAGGAUGACUUAUCAAGAAACCACUCGAUUGUGCGGCUGCAAAUUAAUUUAGGACUGGCUCUCUUCUCACCGGUAUGAUUCCAGAAUCAAGACUUACCCGUCUGGAUUCUUUGUGUACUAAAAAUUUUUUACGCACGGCUUUGUGAAUUGGAAACGUGCUGAAGUCCCAGACAACCGCCGAAUGUGUUGUCCCUUCCCAGACCGCAGUUCAAUGCACUUUUUUAUUUGGACAGCCUUUAGCGUUUUUUAAGGAUUAAUCAAUAUAAAUACUUGGUUUUUAAUUUAGAACAAGCGACGUAAUACUAAGUUUUAUUUAUUGAUUUUAAUAUAUUGCUCAAAUAUAAAAUAGUUACAAUUAUUUUAAUAUUUAUUAUUUUUCAUUCUACUCAAACAAAACUUACUUCUUGAUUUUUUUUGUCUUGAAUUGAAUAUAAAACUUGAACUCCUGUUUCUUUGAAUAUAUAUAACCGAUUGGGAUCGAUAGUGUUACGGAACUAUAAUAAGUAAACUAAGACCAACGCCUUAAAACUAUUUUUAAGAUUCCACAAUAACAAAAACAGCAACAACACUUUAAGAAAUUUGUAUUUUCUUUUGUUGUCCAAUUUAUAAACAAUAAAAUUAAGUUCGGUUAAUAUUAAUGUACCAUUCUUAAAUACUA